CUUGUGAUGGUUGUCAAUAUUAUUUAUUAAAUCUCGUCGCCUCUCUCGUCUCUAUCCCAUUCAUUCCUUCAAGUCAUUCAUCCUGACUACACACACACACACACACAUAACCAACUCGAUCAAUCCUUUAUUACCUACACAUUCUCAACCUCCGCCCCAGCCUCAUUUACUUCCUUAAGGCUCGAACAAAAUACUCUACAAUUCUCUACUCCGAUACAAAAAAACACAUACGAAAGCAAAACAACAUGAGUUCGCCCUCAGUCCAAGUCCAACCCUCCGGCGCCACAGGCAACUCCGCCCCAGGCACAGCAUCAAAUUUUGACAUUGUGCGCUGUUCGCGUUGCCAGCGGUCGAUGAGCCUGGAGAAAGACGAAAAGACACCUGGUGUGGUCCGAUUCGGCAUGAAUUCCUACUAUUGCAGUCGUUGCGCCUCCAUGGUCGGCUAUCCCCGUUAAAACGAUGGAAUUCGGCAAUAAAAAUGAGUGAGGGGAGGAUGGUUAUGAACACACAAAAACCGACUGGCACACUUGAUUUUGCUGGUUAUUACAUUCAUCUGUCUCGAGUCUCGACGACUUGUUUGGGUACAAUCUGUGCGGGCACAGAUUUUUCACGUUUCUUUUCGUUCGGGCAUCGAUCUCAGCGCGUUCCACACUACACGACACUACAACUGCAGGAGGGUACAUAUGAAAACUGGCGAUACGGUCGGUGUCUGAAAUUACUCGACUCGACACGAUCAAUUUGGACAUGAUAUGAAAUUUGUGGUGGAUGGAACCGGAGACUCGAUGGGAAUUUUUUGGCAUCUUUUUUUUUUUUUUUCCUUUUUCUUUUUUUUUUUU